AAUUUAGCAAAGCUGCUGCGCUCUUACCGUUUAGUAUUUCAUAGGGUCUGGUCUUGGUUUCCCUCGUUUGCCACGACCGCUGCUGUUUAUUAUAGCCGAAGAACCGUGUCUAUUUAGUGCUUAUAAGCUGCAGGCCUAGCUUGGAUUUGUGUGCGGAAGGUGGUCGUCAAACCGAGGUCAUUUUGGCUUCCUCCACGGCGGCAGGCGGUGGUCAGCUGGUCUACUGGCAUUGUAUCUCACGGCCAUGCGUCCUUUCAGCGGCCGAGCGACCCGUGCUGCAAUUGAUGAGUGAGCAGUUAGACGCUGUCUAAUCAGAGUGUGGAGACAUGGAUACUGGAGAGGCCGCGAGUGUUGCAGGCGACCCCGACGGUCAGCCUUCUAACAGCCAGGACAAUGCCGCCAAAAUGGAGCCAUGCGCUGGUCACGCCGGCGGUAACGAGGUGCCAGCGGCUCAAGAACCUUCUUCGGUCCCGGAAACGCUACCUUCACAAUGCGAACCCACAUCAGAGGCAACACUUGUGGAAAUGCAGGAAGCUGUUAUCGCUCAGCCGCAGGCCGAGAUGCCCACCAGCACCGAACCGCCCUCCCAGCAGCCCGAGGAGGUCGCUCCACAGCCUGUCCCCGCCCCACUUGAACAGCAGCAGCUCCAGCCCACGGCAAUGGAAGAGGGGGAGCAGCCGCCGGCACAGCUUAUCCCCACGCCUUCGGAAGCUGCGGCGCAGGAGCAGCAGCAGCAACCUGCAGACGAGCAGCCCACAGGAGAGCUGCCCCCUGUCGCCCUUCUCGACAAGGUGCCUGAUGAGGGCACCGCAGCUGAGCGCGAUCCUUCCGCAACUGCAGCUGCUGAACAGCCCCACACGACGCCUUCGGAGCAGCCCCCACCGGCCGCCGGCCAGCCUCCCGAGCAGCCAUCCGCCCCCGAGGUCCUAGAGGAGCGGGAGCCCGAGGCUGCUAAGGAGCCGCAGCUGCCGGCUGGCAGCCAGCAGCCGCAACGCAGGACGCCCGGUCAGCGCAGGCAGCAGCAGCAACAACAACAACAGCAGGCUGAGCCGCCCAGCAAGGCCCAGGCCGCGGCGCCGCCGUCGCGCCGGCCACAGCGCGCCGCAGCAGCCAAUGCCAACUUUGCUAUUGCGCUGAUGGGUCCUAACCGCUCGCAAGUCAUUGGGGCGGUCAUGUACGACCUUUGGCCUGCUGAGCAGCAGCAGCAGCGACAGGCCUCGCAGCAGACGUCGGCAGGGCGCCGUCAAAGCGUGGGCGCGGAUGCUGAUGACAGUGGUGCCGCGGGGACCAGCAGUGCGGACGGCCUGCCGCCGGCGAAGCGCGCCAGGCAGGAGCGGGGAGCGGCUGCUGAUGCUGCUGAAAACGCUGCGGAGGAGGGUUCUACUGCGGCGGCGGGGGCAGCGGGGCAGGGAGCCUCCGGGGUGUCAGCAGCUUCAAGUGGGCCUUCCGACGGCUCGGCCUCUAAGCGGCCUUUACGGGGACGCGCGGCGGCAGCGGCAGCCGCUGCUGCUGCUGCAGCGGGGCAAGAAAGCGCCAGCGAAACGGCAGCUGCAGCAGCAGCGGCGCCUGUGGGCGGCAAACGUUCGGCCGACGGGGCUGGAAAGCCCGUCGCCGCCAAGUCGCCUGCCGGAGCUCUGGAGGACGGUCCAGGCGGUGAGCCGGAGCGGAAAGCCUCCGGCACGCCUGGCGCGGCGGCCUGCGCCGUAACCCCUAAGCGUAGGGGCAGGAGGCCGGCGGCGGCACGCGCCGGUGCUGGAGGCGAUGAUGGCACCGCAGUCAACGAGUUUGUGGAAGAGCCCACCUGGCUGGAUGGUCCCAUCAAGCUGAACGAAGCGCAGGCGGACUUUGUGCGGGACUUGUGCCGUCAGAUCGUGAGGGCUCGGGAGGCGCCGCCGCAGAACGCCAAGUCGCUGAUGCGGUGUCAGGGCAUGUGUGGCAAGCGGGUGGAGUACCGGAAGCGCGACAACGUGGGCCGCUACCUUCCGGUGCACUCCGCCACCAUCAUGGAGCGAGGCGCGGUGGCUUGCGGCUGCAACGAGUGUAAAGGCGAGCGGCGCUUCUCGCUCACCGAGUUCGAGGUGCACUGCGGCGGCUCGCACAAGAAGCCCGCGGAGCACACCUACCUGGCUGACAUCCAGUUGAACCUGCGCGACCUGGGCAUCAUGGCGUGCCGCUGCUUGGGCUUGGCGUCGGCGUUGGCGCCCGCUGGGGAGGCUGUGGCGCAGACGCCGGGGAGCCCGGCGGCGCAGGCGAGCGGGCCGGCGUCACAGCGCGGCGCCGGGGCCGCUGCGGUGGCGGCCACGGCGGCCACCACCGCCACGGUAAGCAGCAGCCCGCGGCCAGGUCCGCAGGCAGGGGCCGCGGUGGUUGCGGCAGGGCCAACCACCUCCACGGCGACGACAGAAACGGCGUCCGCAGAUACGGAAACCGUGACGGAGACGGUGUCCACCGAGACGGCUGCAGGUGACGAGGAAGCGGGGACGGGGCCGGGCAGCGCCCCGGCGCACCUGGUUCCGGCACUGGAGCGACCCGUGGUUCCGGAGGGCUGCUGUACCGUGUGCCGGCGUGCACUGCCGCUAAACUACAAGGAGCAGGCGACCAACGGGCCCUCGUCUCAGGUCUUGGGCUGCCCCUCCUGCAGCGGCCACUGCCAUGCAUCCUGCGUUGGUCCCUACAACCUGCCCAACGGCUCCGACCCCUGGCAGUGCCCCAUCUGCGUCCAGGCCUCCAGCGGCAAGCGCAUCAAGCGCCCUAACACCGCAUUCCUAGACAUAGAAACCGCGCAGACGGGCCGAGGAAGAGGCCGCGGGCGCGGCCGGGGCCGUGGAAGAGGCCGGGGCCGGGGCUCCGCGGCCGCCCUGAACCAGGCGCAGAUGGCCGAGGCGUUGUUCAGCCAGGCGAGGGCGGUGAUGGCCAAGGGUGGUGACGGAGUGUCGUGCAUCGCUAGUGCGGUGGUUGCGGAGGGAACGGCGGCUGCGUGUGGAGGAGGCGAGGGUGAGGAGGGAGGCGAGGCGGGAGCUGCGCCAGCUGGCGAGGAGUCGCAGAGGCAGCCGCCUGCUGGCGCGGAUGCCUGGGGCGCCGAUGCGGCGGCGGCGGCAGCGGCGGACUACCCAGCGGAUGAAGACGAGGAUGAGGACGAUGAGGACAAGGACUCGGAUGAUGAGGACUAUGAGUUUAACGGCCGGAGACGGAAGAGGCAGAAGGCUGCAGCCCCGCCCAAGCUGCAUCUUGCCAUGGCGCCGCCGCCGCAUGCGCGCGGGCCGGCUGCCGGUGGCCGCAUUCAGAUGUCGCUACCGGUUGCGAUGCGUGGGGCCGGGCCCCGGGCGCCGCGGCGGAUAGUGCGCAGCAGGACGCUGUUUGACGGCGGGCCAGGCGGCUUGCAGGACGGAGACCGUGUGCACUACACCAUCCAGGGCAAGCGGCUGCUGAGCGGCACGGUGGUGAUCGUGCCAGGCGGCACCAGCGGCAUCCGCUGCGAGUGCUGCAGCAAGGUCAUCAGCGCCUCGGCCUUUGAGGCGCAUGCAGGCCACAAGCACCGCCGCAACCCCUACGAGUCCAUCCUCACGGAAAACGGCACCACUCUCAAACGCAUAGCGGAGCGUAUCAUGCCGUCAGACCCUGCGGCUGCGGAUGGCGCGCCGGCCCCGGCCAAGUCGCCUUCCAAGCCGCGUGGCAAGGCGGCUGCGGCGGCUGCUGCUGCUUGCUGCGGCGGCGGCCACCAUAAGCACACACCCACUACCGCUGCGGCCGCAGCUGCAGCUGGUGCGGGUGAGGGUGGAGAGCACGCGGUUGCUAGGACUACAGCGGCUCCAAACGGGGAGAUGGAGGAGCAUGGGGCACAUGAGGGCGAGGAUGGCGCGGGCAUGGGCCAUGCGGAGGCUGAAGCGCACGAGGGAGAAGGCGGCUCCGAGGCGCUCGCCGCCGACCUCGCCAGCAGCUGCGUGCUGUGCCACCAGCCGGAGUUCGACCGCGAGGGCUUCAGCGACCAGACGGUGCUCAUCUGCGACCAGUGCGAGAAGGAGUUCCACAUCGGCUGCCUGAGGGAGCACAAGAUGGUGGACAUGCAGGCCGUUCCCGAGGGCGAGUGGUUCUGCAGUGACGAGUGCGUGGGCAUACGCCAGGCCCUUAGUGCGGACGUGGCGGCGGGCGAGGGCCUGAUGCCCGGCAACCCCGCCUACCGCUGGCAGUUCAUCCGCGGCAAGGACGGCACCAAGGGAACCUCGCGCGCGCUGUCGACGGUACUGGAGAUCCUGCAGGAGUCCUUCGACCCCAUCAUCGACACGGGCAGCGGGGAGGACCUGCUGCCUCGCAUGGUGUAUGCGGAGUCCGCGGGGGACUACGACUUCCAGGGCGUGUAUGCCGUACUGCUGCGCUACAGGGGCGCCGACAAGGAGGCUCGCGGGCGGCCGGUGCUGUCGGCGCUGAUCCGCGUGCUGGGCUCCAGCAUGGCUGAGAUGCCGCUGGUGGCCACGCGCUUCGACUGCCGGCGGCAGGGGCACCUGCGGGCGCUGGUGGAGGGACUGCGGCACCGGCUGAUCGCACUGGGGGUGCGGGCGCUGGUGCUGCCGGCGACGGCGGAUGCGCUGCCUGCCUGGCGCCAGCUGGCCUUCGAGGACCUGGACGAGGGCUCCGUGCGGGUGGCGCGCGGCGAGCACCGCAUGAUCAUCUUCCCGCACACCAGCGUGCUGGUCCGCCCGCUCAUUCGGGUGCCCGAACACGACUCCCAGCAGCUGCAGUCCGCACACCAGGCGGCCGACCCGGACUUUGUAAGCGCCUUCGCAGCAGCCAUUGGGGAAGCACGGCGCAACAGCCAAGCUGAGAUCCAGGAGAGUGAGGCGAGGGUGUACAGGGCGAUGGAGGAGGCGGCAGCGGCCGCCGCCGCUGCCGCGGCGGCGGCUGGGAUAGAGGGAGGUGGACGGGGACGUGGACGUGGCAGGGGGCGCGGGCGUUGGGGCGCGCGGAGCAUGGCCGUGGCGGCGGCGACGGCUGGGGAUGCGCUGGGUAUGGGCUUUGCUGCGGGCGCCAUGGACGUGGACAUGAGUGGGGCGGCGACGGUGUCCAUGCAUGCGGAAAUGUACGGCAUGUCCGUACACUCGGCCAUGCACAUGGCGGCGCAACCGAUGGGGAUGCCGUCGUACUUGGCGUCACCGCCGCCGACAGGCCGCGGCAGGGGGCGAGGCCGGGGCAGGGGCCGCUCCUCCGCUGCAGCUGUCGCUGCAGCUGCAGCCGCUAUGGGCUACGCUGGCCCUGGCGCGGCUGCGAUGGCGGUUGACGGUUACCCCCACGACGCGCAGAUGGACAUGGCGACGGUCUACGCCGACCCUGAGGACGAGGAGGGCUCCGCCGGCAUGGACGGCUAUGACAUGGACCUUUGGUCUCCAUCCGACGAUGCGGCGCCCGCUAGGGGCCGCGGCAGGGGCCGUGGGCGGGGUCGCUGGGGCGGCAGGGGACGUGGUCGCGGCCGAGGCAGGGGCAGGGGCCGCUGGGGUGCCCGGGGCCGCGGCAGGGGGCGUGGCCGAGGGAGAGGUCGUGGCAGGGGGCGAGGCCGGGGCCGGGGCCGCAAGGCGAGCACGGAAACGGAUGAUGAGAUGGACAUGGAUAUGGGUGGAGGCGAGGAGGGAGAGGCUGGGGAGGAGGGAGCGGAGCAGCAUGAGCAAAUGGGAGAGCUGGCGGAGCACGGGGGUGGCGAGGAGGGAGAGGAGGAGGGGGACGAGGGAGAUGAAGAGGAGGAGGAGGAGGGCGGAGCGGAGGAGGGCUGGCAUGGGUAUGGCGGCGCGGAAGCGGAGGCAGCAGCGGGUCACAUGGUUGGUGCCGGGCAUGCAGCCGCUAAUGGCGGCAUGGCGGCGCCCCUCGACAUGGCGGCCACUGCCCGGCACAUGGGCCCGCUUCAGGGGGCCAUGGUGGCGGCAGCAGCGGCUGCCGCGGCUGCUGCAGCGGCAGCGGCCAAACAGCAGCACCAGCAACAACAACAACAGCAGCAGCACCAGCCAGUGCCGGCCCACUUGUCGUACAUGCAAUCAGCGUACGGCGGCCAGUUGGGUCCGCAGGCGCGCAGCUCGGAUGGCGGAGCGGUAGGAAUCCCGGCAUCGCAUGCGGGCUUCCCACAUCCGCAGCGCCAUUCACCCACGCCUCCGCCUCAUUACGCGCUUGCGAACGGCGUACCGCCGCUGACGGCGCCUGGAGAGCUUCCCUCCGAACCCCCGCUCCAACCACCUUCACAGCAUCAAUCCUACCAGUCGCUGUUAAUGGCGGAGGUGGACGCAGUGGCAGCUGAAAUGGACGCAAGCGGCGCGGACGCAGCAUCGGCGGACGAGGCCGCUGCCGCCACGUACAAAUGGGCGUUGGAACAGUACCAGCAGCAGCAGCAACAACAGCAGCAACAACACCAACAGCAACAGCAGCAACAACACCAGCCGGGCGGGUAUGCGGGCAGCUACCCCAACUCGCGUCGCAAUUCGCAGUUGGGCGGGGUGAGUGGCAGCGGUGGUGGCAUGGCCGGAGUGGCUCCCUCCGCACCCCCGGGUUCGGCGCUGAACAGCUGGCCUGGCCCCCAGCAGCAACAACAGCUGCAGCCUCAGUCCCAGCAGCAGCAACAGCAGCACCAGCCCUCCCAAUACCUCCACCCGCACGAGUAUCAGCAGCGCCCGCACCACCAGCAGCAGCAUUACCAGCACCCCCAGCAGGAAGCAGGAGGGUGGCCGUCGCACCAAGACCACCCGCAGCAGUUGCCGCCCCGCUACCCGACCAACGUAGGCGGGGGCGGCGGCGGCAGCAGGCGGGCAUCCGCCACGCAGUCACCCGAACACAUACACUUGCAGCCGCUGCAAGCACAGCACCCGGCUGCAGGGGCGGGGUCUGGCUAUCCGCAGAGCAGCAGGCGGGGCAGCCAGCUAGGGGAGGCUGACGGCAGCGGCGGAGGCGCCGGCAGUGGCCAAGAUUGGGAGGCGGCGGGGCCCUAUGCUGCGCCGCGCGUGUCACGGUCUCCGUACCCGCAUCCUGAGCCGCAUGCGGGCAUGCACUACCACCCGCAUGCGCAGCAGCAGCAGCAGCAGGUGGCGGCAGUUGCGGCAGAACAUUACCACCACCACCCGCACUACAACCCGCACACGUCGUCACCUUACCCCACGGCUGCCGUUGCUCAACAGCAGCAGCCGCACCCAUCUUCAUCCUACCAGGCAGCAUGGGCCGAGCAGCAGCAGCAGCACCUCCAGCAGCAGCAGCACCCACACUACCACCAACAGCAGCAGCCGCAGCACUCCCAACAGCCCUCCCAGCAACCGUCUUCUUGGCCCUCAUCCGUCCUGGACCAGUCAUUCCACGAGCAGCUAGCUGCGCUGCAAAAAAACAUCCACAUGCCUCCUGGCCAGCUAAGCUAUCAUGCGCAGCAGUUUCAACGGCAAGCCUCCCCACCCAUACAGCAGCAGCAGCACCCACACCUGCUGCCUCCCAGCACGUAUCUCCCCAACCACGAUGCGGGGGCGCUAGUCGCGGCGGCUGCGGCGGCAGUAGCCGCCCAGCAGCUUCUCCAGCAGCACCGGCAGCAGUCGCCGCAACUCAUGGAGCAGUACCAGCAGUACAAGCAGUAUCCGCCGCUGCAAGGGACGGCAGCGGUGUCGGGCUCAUCGCUUUCCGGCGGCGGUGCGGCGGGGGCGCAGUCGGGCGCAGCUGGGCAGGUGAACCGUGGACCCUUGCCUCCCGGUUUGGAUUAGGAGAGUGGGACAGGGGGAGUGGAACGGGGAGAGGAGGAGUUUGAUGGAAGGGACAUGGGCUCGCCGUGGCGUGUAUGGUUCAUGUCAUCGUCUGGGGCGUUGGACGUUUUACUUUUGAAUAAGGUGUUAUGGCCGUGCAGCUUUGAAACGAGGCAAAGGCGAGGCUGCCAUAGGGUGAAGUGCUUAUCAUGUUGGAAUGGGGGGGUGGGCGCUCGCGUGGGGCGCGGUGGCGGCGGGAGAAGCGCGCGCGGAGCGUGACCCAGGGGGCUUUGAGGGCCGAGGGCGGUCAAGCUGCUGCUGGCGAGAAGCAUAGCUCAGUGUCGUUGAAUGCAUAGUGGCCUAAUUUUGGUAUUUCAAGCCAUCACAAGCAAUAGGUACCGGUAUCAAAGGGAACGAAGGUGGUGGCUUUGGGAACUGAUGGGGUGGGGCAUCCUGACAGGAAGGAAGCCGCCGCUUGGCCGAAUUGGCUCAGUUACACGCGUUAAAGGGAGGGUGGAGGAGUCGGGAGUUGUCAAGGGUGGUUUCCCAGGUGCAUUGGGAAGGGAGGUCUGGAAGAGGAGGGGCCCGGGUUUAGGGGGCAGCAGUAGCACCAAUGCACAGCAGUACACACGGCCCUCCUUUAGUUGUUGUGCAAAGUCUUGGGUGAGGUGCAUGUCCCUUUUUUCCGCGGAAUGACGUCUAUACAUGUACUAUGUUGGUUUGGGACGGGAAGCUCUUUAUUAAACGCUUUAGGGCAGUUCGACGGUCGCAUGUGUACGGUGUUUGUUCCGGUUGUUGCGCGUCAUGAGGUCUUCACACGACAUGACGACAUCUGGGAUUCCUGCUUCUGCCGUAACGCAGACAAGUUCUCGAUGAGUGACUCUGGUUCUCAGAUAAAGGACGAAUGGGGUGUGAACCGUGCAGUAGCUAGGACGAGGUGUGUGCCGCAACCGGCGCGAGAAUUCCAAGAACGAGAAGCCGAAAGGUGCUCUGCCCUGUGCCUGUGGUUGGCAGCAGGCGGCCGAAUCGCUAAUAUGAGCAUAUGACCUGUAAACCAGUGUAAACA